UAUUGUUUCCUCUUAGAAACAAGGAUAACGUGACUUAUUGUUUCGUGUUAGAGACAAGGAUAACGGAGUACGAGGAGGAACUUUGUUCAACGAAAGAGAACGAGCGCAGGGACGUCGUGCGCACGCACACAACCAUGGAGGAGACGGCCGGGAUCAGGCUCUUCUGCAGGGUGAAGCAGGAAGAGCCUGGGUCCCCCCACGUUGAAGAGGAGCGGCCACAGACACCCCACGUUAAAGAGGAAGAGGAGGAGCGCAGCAUCGGUCAGGAGGGCCACUUUGCAGGGAUUCGCGUCAUCGUGAAGAGUGAGGACGAGGAAGAGGCCGCUGAUGGAGGAUCACAAGCGGACGUCCUCCUCGCGCCGCCCUCGGACAGCGAGGACACCACGUCUCAGUCACCCGACUCUGACGAUGAAGACGCCGACGCCGAGAAGACUCGCCACGCCGACAACGACGCAACCUGGAAAUGCUCAAAGUGUGACAAAACCUUUCCCACCAAGUCGCACUUGAACCGACACGCGAAGAUCCACACGGAGGAGAAACUCUUCACCUGCUCCGUCUGCGGCAAGAGUUUCUCCCAAAGGGGAUAUUUGAAAAGACACGCCAGGACGCACACGGAGAAACGCUUCCGCUGCUCCGCGUGCGACAAAAGGUUUGCGUCCAUGUACCGCCUCAAAGUGCACCUGAGGGCGCACACGGGGGAGAAACCCUUCAUGUGUUCGGUGUGCAGCAAGACCUUCUCGUCGGUGGACCCGUUAAAAAGGCACAUGAGGACGCACACGGGGGAGAAACCCUUCGUCUGCAUCGUGUGCCAUAAACGCUUCUCCAUUAAAGGCGAUUUGAAAAGACACAUGCGGACGCACACCGGCGAGACGCUGUUCGGCUGCCGCGUGUGCGGGAAAAGGUUCUCCAGGAAGGAUCAGGUUAACAGACACAAGUGUGCCGGCGAGAACAGCGGCGGGAAAUGAAGCGGAGGUCUUCCGAGCAGCCGGAAAGUUGAGAAUUGUUCAAGCUUGCGUCAUCACGAUAAACACGGCUCCUUAUUUGGAACAACUGGACUCGUACCCGGGUCGUACGCAUGAGAGACAAGUGUGCUAGCUACUGAGCUGAAAGGAGGUAGUCAGAGUCAGAGAGUGAAGUAUAUUUUUGGACCCUAAAAAAAACCGUCCAGAGCUUUAAAAUACCGGUAGGUAAAUUUUUGCCAUGCUUGCAAGAAUUAUUUUGAUUAAAGUCCUGAAAAAUGCCAGUUAGUUGGCGGAAUAAUAAUAAUAAUAAUAAUAAUUAAAGCUGCAAGCAGCAUUGGUCGGGCCCGCAUAUU